GGGCGCGCGAACAGAAGCAAGUAGAUCCGGUGGGCGUGGCUCCUAAUAGCAAAAGUUUCCCACGAGAACACGCCUUUUCGAAGUGUCUGAGAUGUGGGCGCGAGCAUGCACCACGAAGAUGUCCAGCCUUCGGCAUGAAGUGCAGGAAGUGCCACAGGCGCAACCAUUUCGCCAUAUGCUGCAAGGCAUCCACGGAAGUUCACGAGCUCCUAGACUCCGAAGACAACUUUGACAUUUUGGACGUUUCAAAUCGAGGCAAAAGUCAGCGCGACUGGACGGUGGAAGCUCAAGUUGAGAACGUGCCAGUGGACCUAAAAGUCGACACGGGAGCACAAGCAAAUCUGCUGCCUUGGGGGUGCUACCUCAAGAUGCGCCCUAAACCACCGCUGAAGCCAAGUAGCGCCGUGUUACGCUCAUACGGAGGAAGUGCAAUUCAGCACGUCGGCGUCAUACGUACCGAGGUGACGCUCAAUGACACAACCUCAGUGCUAGAUUUUUUCGUCGUCCGGAAGGGGCGCCAAGCGAUCCUCGGACUUCAAGCAUGCCAACUCAUGGGACUCGUGCCGCGUGUUUACAGCGUAUCCAAGAGCAGCCAAGAAGGCAUCGUGGACGAAUUUCGCCACUUGUUCACCGGAACCGGGUGCGUGCAACGAGUAUACAAGAUGGUGUUACGUGACGGCGCCGUACCCGUUGUCCAGGCCGCACGGCGUGUUCCAGUGGCCUUACAAGAACCCCUCAAGAUGGAAUUGGACCGCAUGCAGCGGGCAGGAAUUAUCACGAAAGUGACCGAGCCAACAGACUGGGGAAGCAGCUUGUCCUUGCCGACAUGCUCUCGAGAGCCACAAGCAGACAAGCGGACGGAACCGAAAGCGAUGACGUAGAAGUCCACGCGGACGACACCAAUGGAGGGCGCCCCGUCACCUGCCGAGGUGUUACAAGGAAGACGACUGCGAACGACGCUGCCGGAUGCCCGGGCCGUUCCAGAACUUAUGGUCCGAAAGCAUCGCCAGAGCAACGCCCCAAGGAG